UGCAGACAGGUAACCAGCUGUGUUGCUGCUGUCAUGGCUGUGCCAAUGCUACGGGUGUUGCCUAUCGCUGUGGUCACAGUCCUGGUGGUGCUGACAUCUUCUUUAGAGGAGCAUGAGUGGUGCUUUAAUGCAGCUCAGUGCCGUUACCCCCUCGGGAUGGAGGAUGGCACCAUCCCAGACUCUGACAUCACUGCUUCCAGUGCCUGGUCAGACUCGACUGAGGCCAAACAUGGAAGGUUGAGUACCGGUGAGGGGGAUGGAGCAUGGUGUCCAGCGGGAGCCGUCUUCCCCAGUGGAUCAGAAUACCUUCAGGUGGACUUGCACAAACUCCACUUCCUGGCUUUGGUAGGUACUCAGGGUCGUCAUGCCGACGGGCACGGUCAGGAGUUUGCCCGCAGUUAUCGGUUACGGUACUCUCGAGAUGGAGUGAAAUGGAUCACCUGGAAGGACCACUGGGGCCAGGAAGUGGUAUCGGGUAAUGAGAACACGUAUGAUGUGGUACUGAAGGACCUAGGCCCUCCCAUCGUGGCCCGGAUGGUGCGCUUCUACCCCCUGGCCGACCGUGUUAUGAGCGUUUGCCUGCGGGUGGAACUCUAUGGAUGUUUUUGGAAUGAUGGAUUAAAGGCUUACACAGCUCCCGUGGGUCAUGUCAUGCACCUAUCUGGCAUGCCCAUCUACCUGAAUGAUUCCACCUACGACGGCAGCACCGAGAAAGGGGUGCAGUUUGGAGGUCUCGGCCAGCUGUGUGAUGGUGUUCUGGGAGGAGACGACUUCAUAGAAACUAAAGAAAUGAGGGUGUGGCCUGGGUAUGACUACCUGGGCUGGAGCCGAGAAGCUCUUGGGCAAGGGAGCGUUGAUAUUGAAUUUCACUUUGAGAAACCCCGUGUCUUCCAUAAAAUGCAGGUGCAUGGUAACAACCGGCAUACUCAGGGCGUGCGGGUCUUCAGUAAGGUGGAGUGCCUGUUUAAACCAGGCAUCCUGCAGCAGUGGUCCUCCCCCGCCCUCACCUUGCCUGUGCCCCUGGAUGAUCUGAAGGACCCCUCCUCACGGAUCAUAACUCUGCCACUGGGCAAUCGGCCAGCUCAAAUCCUUCGCUGCAAGUUCUAUUUUGCUGACCGCUGGCUGCUGCUCAGUGAGGUAUCUUUCCUCUCUGAGCCAUUUGAGGAGGAGACAGGUUCAUUUCCUUACAAUCUUCCCACCAGUGGCUCACCUCCUCCUGUUAAUGGCACCUCCUCCUCUCCCACAUUCAGCUCUACCAACACCACCUCCAACCCUUCCAAAAUCUCCAUCACCGCCACCUUUCUGACGGACACCACUGAUAACUGGACGCUGUCAGGGCCUGAUUUUGCUGCUGUGACACCAAGGGCGGGGCUUCCUGUAGCUAAAGAUGACAGCAGCAACACUGCUAUUCUGAUUGGCUGCCUGGUGGGCAUCAUCCUCCUGCUGCUGGCUGUCAUAGCCGUCAUUCUGUGGAGGCAGUACUGGAAAAAGCUAUUAGGCAAGGCACAGGGUAGUCUGUCAAGCGACGAGCUGCGUGUCCACCUGUCGGUCCCCUCAGACAACGUGGUUAUCAACAACACGCACAGCUAUUCCAGCCGCUACCAACGCAUCCAUACUUUCCCCGAUGACCGUGACCAUGACAGGGAGGGAGAAGGAGAGUACCAAGAGCCCAGCGCUCUGCUACGCCCGCGGGAUCACAGAGACAGCACAGCCUUGCUGUUAAACAACCCAGCCUAUCACACGGUGCUGUCAGAUCAGAGAAAAGCCUCAAGGCCUGUAGUCGUCUCGAGCGGCACUCAGGAAAAGAGUCUCAAUGUGCCCCCGGGCUGCGGCUUAGACCUGGAUAUGGAGAAAGGUUUCCCUCUUGCCCAGGAGGAACCUCCUCCAUACCCAGGCUCUCCUCCUUACCCCUCCCUGUCUCCCCCGGUGUCUCCCCCCCUGCCACCCAGCGUGCCUCACUAUGCUGAAGCAGACAUUGUGAGCCUGCAGGGAGUCAGCGGUAACAACACCUACGCUGUGCCCGCUUUGGCCUCCUCCAGCCCUGGCGCUGAGGCCACCCCUCUGCCAGAGCUUCCACGCCAGUGUCUGAUUUUCAAAGAGAAACUGGGAGAGGGACAGUUUGGGGAGGUACACCUGUGUGAAAUUGAGAACCCUCAGGAUCUCCCGAACUUGGAGUUCCCCUUCAAUGUGAGAAAAGGUCGCCCUCUUCUGGUAGCAGUGAAGAUACUGCGGCCAGAUGCUUCCAAGAACGCCAGGAAUGACUUCCUGAAGGAGGUGAAGAUUUUGUCCCGCCUGAAGGAUCCAAACAUCAUCCGUCUGCUUGGUGUCUGUGUGAGCAGCGAUCCUCUCUGUAUGGUCACUGAGUACAUGGAAUGUGGAGACCUGAACCAGUACCUGUCCCACCGAGUGCUUCUGGACAAGACCGGACCCACACACAGCACACCGACCAUCAGUUACCCGGCUCUCAUCUCCAUGGCCAGCCAGAUCGCAUCAGGAAUGAAAUUUCUCUCCUCCCUCAAUUUCGUGCACCGGGAUCUGGCUACACGCAACUGUCUGGUUGGAGGUGAAAAGGGUGAGAGCGGUGGAGAGCAGGGUGGCGAGCGUCACAUCAAGAUAGCCGAUUUUGGGAUGAGCAGGAAUCUGUACGCUGGAGACUACUACAGGAUCCAAGGCAGAGCUGUGCUGCCGAUACGCUGGAUGGCGUGGGAGUGCAUACUCAUGGGUAAGUUCACUACAGCCAGUGACGUGUGGGCCUUUGGAGUUACUCUGUGGGAGAUGUUGAGCGUUUGUCAAGAGCAGCCGUACUCCAGCCUCACCGAUGAACAGGUUAUUGACAACGCCGGAGAAUUUUUCAGAGAUCAGGGCAGACAGGUGUACCUGAGCAGACCCGCUGUGUGCCCGCAGGGCCUAUAUGAGCUUAUGUUGAGCUGCUGGAACAGAGACUGCAAGCUCCGCCCAUCCUUCGCUUACAUCCACUCCUUCCUGACAGAGGACGCCAUGAACAUGGUGUGAAAAAUGGGUCCAAAGCCGUCAUGGAGAGGGCUGAUAUCUUGCGUGUCUGUGGUACAGUGUGAUGCUUCAAUCAGCGUGUCAGAGGCAGGGAGGCGGGAGCGGGUUACUCGCUUUUGUAUUUUCUACUUUUUGGGUGGAUGGGGCUGAAAGACCGCUGGAUCGGUUUUCAGUUCCACAUCAGAUCCCGAAGCCCAAACUAACUCAGGCUUUGCCUGUUGGAUAGAUUAGUUCUAACGACAUGCCAGCGUGGCUUUUCAAUGGUUGGUGGUGGGUGCUCUAUGUGUAGAAACUCUUCUCUCAUACCGUCAGCAUCCUAGAACAGAUUUGUGUGUAGAGUUAAUGUUGCCAGACGUUGCAUAGGUUAAAUACAAGCAAAUUAGGACUAUAGAGCUUCACAACUUUACCGAAUGCCCAAAGUGCUGCAUACGACACAUUUCUCUUAAGAGAUAACUGCACAGUGGUAGGUAAAGUAUGUAGA